GUCCACUACCGUGUAUAAUCCUCUACAAAAAAUGAUACACAAGAGAAGAAAUAAUUCUGAUGGUCAAGAACAAUUGCUUGUAAUUUAUACUUUAAUUAAUUUAAACUGUCUAAAAAUAGCUUUUGGUGGAUAAAACGGAACAUAUUAUAUGCUAAUCCAAACUUCAAUAAUGUUUAAAUCUCCUCGUACAUUCAGUUCCUCCACACCACAAGAAAUCUGGGUCAAACCAACGCCUUCUACAGUUCAAAGAAUACCACGUGACACUCUUACUUUCUUCUGAUUUCUUCCACUUUAUAAAUUAAAUGGCUUCUUAUAAUAAAUAUUCUUGAGUAAUCGUCAGCUUAUCCGCUAACAAUGAAAAGUGUAAGUGUAUUUUUGUUCGCGUCCAUCUUUGUUUACGUUUGCGGCCAAAAUAAGUAUAACAACAAAUACGAUAACGUAGAUGUCGACAGGAUUUUAAAAAAUGACAGGGUGUUGACGAAUUAUAUCAAAUGUUUGAUGGAAGAAGGACCUUGUACGGCGGAAGGAAGAGAGUUAAAAAAAACACUUCCUGAUGCAUUGGCUUCUGGAUGCACACAAUGCAACGUUAAACAAAGAGACACCGCAGAAAAAGUGAUAAAACAUCUGAUGAACAAAAAGUCUAAAGACUGGGAAAGACUGACCAAAAAAUACGACCCACAAGGACAAUACAAAAAACGUUAUGAAGAGGAAGUUCAAAAACAGAGGACAAUUUAAAAAUGAUUGAUAAUAUUUCAAUUGAAGAACCAAAAAAUGUUUUAUAAGUGUUUUGUAAAAAGA